UUGGGAUCUGCCUUGGUUCCGGGGAGGUGGCAGCGCAUCCCGGGAAUUGUGGUGGCGGGGAGUGGGAAGCACAGGCUAAGGGUGGCUGAUGAGGUUUGGGAGGUGUGGGAAUAGCGGAUUGAGUUCGAGAUCGGGGAUGGGAGGCGAAGUUGUUCGGGCGGGAUCUUCAAAUGGAGGGAGUUUGAAUCUGGGACACAGGGUGUUUGGAGCAGCGAGAAAACCAAGGGAAGGAACUUUGUGGCCAAGGCAUCUGGAGAUUAGGGCAGUUUGGAUCUCCCGGACGGGUUGAAUUCGGGGUCCCCAUGUUCUGAAAAAGGUGCGAGGAGUUUGGGGCUGGGGAUUUAGAGCUGGGAUCGCGGGCAUUUGGAGAAGAGAGAGUCUUAGUCUCCCAGACGCAGUGGCCGGGAGAGUGCUGCUGGAGAGUUCCAUGUUCGGGUCUCGGAGCCGGAGGGGGAGUUUGGAGGUGAAGUCCAGGGGCGCCUGAAAACCGGGGCAAAAGUUGAGGGGAAAGUCUCCAGAUCGGAAUACCUAGUCUCCCGAAGGAUCGGACAGCAUUUGUAGUCUUCGAGAUACGUGUUGGGUCCUGGAUCUCUCAGUCCCAGGGCAAUUUUGGGAAACAAUCCGGACCUUCUGGGAUCGGAGAGACCGGGAGAAAGCAGUUUGGAGAGCUGGAGGCAGGGGUGGGGGAGGGGUAUUCUGGGCGUGGAGCUCAGACCCGCCGCCCGGGAGGCAGUGGAGGGCGGGGCAGCUGGACGUCCGGGUUCCCUGCCCCCACCCACCCGGCGCCCUGUGCGCAUGCCCUGAGGGAGGGUGGGGGGAGUUUCCUUCUUGUGGCCCGCCGAGCCCUCUGGGGAUUGUAGUGUACGCUCAGCGUUGGUUCUUCUGUUGGCCGCUGUAGGCCCACAUUUCCCAGAAGCCCAUGGUCCAAACAGGGGCGUGUCUGGAGGCUUUAUAGCGAUCCAGUGAGGGGGCGGGGCCUGUGGAGACCCAAGUUCUGGUUGGGUGUAUCUUAAGGGGGCGGGGCUUGGCGUAGUUCAGUUCUAGCAAGUUUUCCAAUGGGGUGCACUUUGAGGGAAGCAGAAGGUGAAGCAUAGGGGAUGAGGGAGGCCUCUUUUCUGUUUUUGGGAGCGCUCCCAGUCAGUUAAGGAAGAGGGCACGGACAGAAAUAUCGUCCCUGUGCAAAAAGCGUCUUGACAAAUGGGUGCCCCAACAGGGCUCCAGGUUGCUCAAGUAUAGUAGACACUCUUAAACUAUUGAAUGAAUAAAUGGCAAUUAACUCUGAUCAUUAAGCCCUCCCUGUGUGGUAGGCCCUGUGCAUAUUACACUUGUGAUCUCCUUGACAAUGUGGUGAGAAGUAUUCUUUACAACCCCCAUUUUACAGAUGAGGAAACUGAGGCCCAAAAGGGUGAUGUCAUGUCACUUCCAUCACACAGCCGAGCAGUGUCAAAGACAGAAUUCAAACCCAGGAUUCUCUACUUCCUGUCCAGGUCUCUGUACUCCACACCUGUCUUGUGUGUGACAUGUUUGAAGAAAUAAAUAUCAUGGAAAGACCAGUUUUAAGACUCAAAGAGACUUGAGUUAGGAUCCUCAUUUUGCAGAUGGAAACAAGUCUCAGGGAGGUAAAUUCACUAUUCGAGGCCACACAGGCAAGGCAUCAUGGUGGGAGGCUUGAAGAGGAAACACUCGGAUUUAGAGGAGGAAGAGGAGGAGAAGUGGGGCUGGGGCCCAGCAGGCCCAAGGAGCUAUCAGCAAGCCCUGCUCCGCAUCUCCCUAGACAAGGUCCAGCACAGCCUGGGCCCCCGUGCGCCCUGCCUCCGGAGGCAUGUCCUCAUACACAACACUCUGCAGCAGCUCCAGGCUGCUCUUCGCCUAGCUCCUGCACCUGCCCUGCCCCCAGAGCCCCUCUUCCUGGGUGAGGAGGACUUCUCCCUGUCGGCCACCAUUGGCUCUAUCCUCAGGGAACUGGAGACCUCCAUGGACGAAGCCGAGAACCCUCCAAACCCAGUAGCUCCCCCGGGCCCCCAAGAUGAAGCACUGCCCCAGCCUGAUCCAGUCUUCCUAGAAUCCCUGAGUUCCCGGUACCUGGGUGACUCUGGCCUGGAUGACUUCUUUCUGGACAUUGACACAUCGGCAGUCGAGAAGGAGCCUGUCCUAGCCCCUCCGGAGCCCUCUCACAACCUCUUCUGUGCCCCGGGGUCUUGGGAAUGGAAUGAACUGGAUCACAUCAUGGAGAUUAUUCUUGGGUCCUAAAACUUUGGGUGGGGGGCUCCUUUCUCAUCUCAGCCUCGGUUGACUGGAUUCCUGGAUGCGACUCUAUGUGUUUGUUUUGGUGAGGGGGUGCCUCUAAGCAGUGACCCUCCCACUUUCCCAUUUCAGGAUUCCACAGAUCAUCUUGCAUGUGUGUGUGUGUCAGGUUAGUUACCCCAGCCUUCUGUGAAGGUGGAUCUUUCUGAAUUAAUUUAUCUGUUCUAAAUGCCUUAACGAGACUCUAUUUCAGGGAGUCUGAUUUCCCUCGUCCACGUUUUUCCUGCCUUUCCGUCCCCUUGUGACCACUGGGGCCUCAGGGAAGAUAAAGCUGGGCCUGUCACAGGAUGACUUGGACGUACCACCUGAUUGCUAUGGAAACCCAGGCUCUGCCUCUUGCACCUCCAGCCAGGGAGUGGGAGGGGCUGGUCUCCUUCCUGCUGGCUGAACCUCACUUCCUUGGCAGGACCCCAGUCCCAGCAGCCUCCUGAUUCAUAAAACCAGGCCGGACCACGUGCAAUAGGGUGGAAACCAAACUGCUCCAUGCCACGUUAUUUAAAAGAAAGGCAGGUUUUGUGGUGGCUUUUUUCUUGUUGUUGUUGUUGUUUGUAAUGAUUUUUUUUUUUUUUUAAUAAAAGUUUUCUUGGAAGUGG